UUUUUUUUUUUUAACAGCAAAACAAAACAAAACUGCUCGUAGGAGUUGAAUCCGCAGAGAGAUAAUCAUCCGCCGCGGCAACCACCACCGCCUAUCCAGUAUCCACCAUAAACCUAUCAUCAUACAUUCAUACACGACCACCGAUUUGGAUCGAUCCUAAAAAUCCACUUUAUCCAAGGGCUAUAAUAAUCCGGUGACGAUGUCGACGUCCGGGCAGCACCAGUUCCGGUACACUCAGACGCCGUCGAAGGUCCUCCACCUGCGCAACCUUCCGUGGGAGUGCAUCGAAGAAGAGCUCGUCGAGCUGUGCAAGCCCUUCGGUAAGAUCGUCAACACCAGGUGCAACGUCGGCGCCAAUCACAACCAGGCCUUCGUCGAAUUCGCCGACCUAAAUCAGGCAAUUAAUAUGGCUACAUAUUUUGCUUCAUCUUCAGAGCCUGCGCAGGUUCGGGGUAAAACUGUGUAUAUUCAAUAUUCUAAUAGACAUGAAGUAGUGAACAACAAAGGUCCAGGAGAUGUUCCUGGAAAUGUCUUGCUGGCAACCAUUGAGGGAGUAGAAGCUGGUGAUGUCAGCAUUGAUGUUAUUCACUUGGUUUUCUCAGCUUUUGGUUUUGUGCACAAGGUUGCUACUUUUGAGAAGGCUGCUGGUUUUCAGGCGUUGAUCCAAUUUAGUGAUGUUGAGACCGCAUCUGCAGCAAGGGAAUCAUUAGAUGGAAGAAGCAUACCGAGGUACUUGCUUCCUGACCAUGUUAGUUCAUGCAACUUGCGCAUCUCAUAUUCUGCGCAUAGAGAUUUGAGUAUUAAGUUCCAAUCUCAUAGGAGCAGGGAUUAUACAAACCCGUACCUUCCUGUAAAUCCUAGUGCUAUUGAGGGAUUUGUUCAGCCUGCUGUAGGUCCUGAUGGAAAGAUAAAAGAACCUGAGAGUAAUGUGCUUCUUGCAUCAAUUGAAAAUAUGCAAUAUGUGGUCACAGUGGAUGUUCUUCACACGGUGUUCUCUGCAUUUGGUACCGUCCAAAAAAUUGCAAUAUUUGAGAAGAAUGGUGGAACACAAGCGCUAAUUCAGUAUCCUGACAUCACAACUGCAGCAGUUGCUAAAGAUGCUAUAGAGGGACACUGCAUAUAUGAUGGUGGCUAUUGUAAGCUUCAUCUAUCGUACUCUCGUCAUACUGAUCUCAAUGUGAAGGCAUUCAGUGAUAAAAGUAGAGACUACACAAUCCCCAACUCUACAGUCUGGCAGAAUUCUCAGACCGCUUCAAUGUUUCCUGGGAAUGAAUUUUCCGGUGGUGGUGCGGGCCCCACAUGGUACCCUAACACGCAGGCAGGCAGACCACCUUUUGUUUCGGGCCCCAGCACAUUUCCUGGCCAAACAUAUUCACAAUCUUCUGUUCCAGCUUAUGCUGCUGCUGCUGCUGAUUUUUCAGUUAUGCAACCAGGCCAAAUUAGCGGAGCAUCUCAGCCUCCACGUCAGCAUAAUAUGGGACCUGGCGGUGCUUCGCAUCCAGGUCAGCCUCCCUACAAUGGUUAGUAAGCUGUAUUGGUUUCUCUUCCUGAAAAAUGGCGUGCCUUCUACUGUAAUUUUUUUUGGCCCCUCAAAUGUUUGUUUCAAGUGCGACGAAGGUCUUUCAUGCCUGCAUUUGAUUUCGCCAACUUGUAUUCUUGAUGUUGAUUUCUUAAUGCGGCAUUAGUAUUUUUUUGAUAUUAUUGUUCUCACCUGAAAUAAGGAAACCGUAUGGUUUGUCAGCGUUGGUAAAGAAAUUCUCAUGCUCUUUUGUUGAGUUGUUCUGACUU